AUGGAUAGCGAUGAGUAUAAAAAAGAAGUUGAAGCAAAUGUAAAGGCAGAAAAACUUUUACAGUUGCAAAACCAAACCGUACAGUAUGAAAACUUAGCACAAGAAAGUAAAAAUAACGACGCAGCCAUGCAAAAGGCAAUGAAAAGCGCAGAAUAUAUAAAAGCUAAUAAUGACUGGUUAGAUGCCCAAGCCAACGCCAAAGCAGCCCAACUUAUAGGGUCAAUAAGGACAAAAAUACAAGCGGAUGA